AUCCAUCUUUCUGGGAUGAGGUACUAAUGUUGUCAUUUUUAAAUUAUGCAUAGUUAUUUCUUCAAUUGGAUUGUCUUUAAUUUCUUCUUUUGCAUUUGUUGAAAGGUGUGAAAAUAAGGAUCUGUUUAUUAUUAAUGUUUCUGUGGUAAAAAUAAAAAAAACAUGUAAAAUUACUAUUAAAAAAAUCUUAAAAAAUAAAGUCAUGGCCAUACAUUGUUUUAGUUCAUGUAAAGAAAUUCGUCAAAUAUAAAUUUCGAUUUUGCGUGUUAUAGAACCGUGCUUAGCAACCAAAUGCACAAACAACAAUUCACUUCAAUAGUUAAAUACCUUCGUUCAUUUACAUUGCAAGAAUUUAAUUUAUUAUUGUUAUUGAAUUAAUUUAAUUGUUAUAAAAGAUAAAAUGUCUCUUUUUAAAGUGAGAACUUGGUGGGCAGCUCAAUGUGCCGAUAUCGAAGAAAAUUACGAUGUUGCAAGUCUUUUGUGCACCCGUUUCGGCCUUGAAGAAAUCGAAAAGGACUAUAUUGUAGUUGGAUCUCACAAAGGUCUCUUAAGUAUCUUCUACCCAAAUAGCCCUGAAUUCAAUUCCGACCACAAUACUGAACAAUUUCAGGCAACGGAUUUAUUGCUUGAAUGUCAGUUGAAGGCACACAUUUUAGCAGUUCUUUCCGGGCGUUUCUCUGGGAUCUUCCGCAGUGAGAAUACAAAUCAACUUGCAAUUUUGCAUCCGAACAAUUUGGCAAUUUACAACCUGACGACUGUGGACGGAGUCGCCGACCAUGGUAACCAUUCUCAGCUACAGACCGUGAUAGAGCAUACGUUCGCGCGAACUGCAUUCUCUUUGUGUAAAGGGCAUUUUGGUCAAGUAAAAGGGCGUGAGUUUUUGUGCAUUGGACAUUUGGACGGAAGUCUGACAUUUUACGAGCAAGAUGGCAUCUCAUACGAAUGCAAUUUGCCAGGACCAAGGCCAUUGCCUAGUCCGGUAGUUUAUGUGGAACGGAGCGACUCAUUUCUGCGUAUCAAUUCGUCCUGGCAUUUGGAGAGUUUUAGUUAUCAGGAUUUAUCACACUCAGCCAUCAAUAAUUCGGAAAUUUCUCCGGUUUGGUCCUUUUGUCUGGGCGAAGGGGUUUUGGAUAUCGUGCCGGUACAAGUCAAGGAAGCAUCCACAUCGAUUAUGAUUCUUGGAGAACGUAACCUUAUAGCUGUUAAUGAUCAUGGGGUUGUUGAAUUUAUUUUGAAAUUGGAUUUUUCUCCCAAGUGUUUUUGUACAUUUAUUGUUGGAUAUUAUUGGGAAUCUGAUACACGUUUAUUGACUGCAAUCAUUUCUGAAAACUCCAAACUCUUCAUCUAUCAAGGACCAAAUUUAGCAUGGGCAGCUCAAUUAGAGGACACACCCGUUGCAUUGCAACGUUCCAAUUUAAACAAUCUGCCCGGUGGCAUUGUCACCUUAGGCUCGAAUGGCUUAUUGAAAGUCUCAUAUCUGGGCUCUGAGCAGCACGUUUUUCAAGUUCCACCAUUAAAUGUCGAAGACAUACAUUUCGAACGUGCCCACAAAGAGUUGCUCCAAUUGGAGGACGAAAUUAAACAAGCAAUCGAUGUGGGUGACAUCGAUGUGAUUAAUCAAAUGGCAGAAAAUGAUCUCAGUGUUGAAUUCCAAAUCGAUUCCGAAUUAAACGAAUGCAAUUUCGAAGUGCCCGAAGAGCUCACUGGUAUUCCCAUGUGCUCGGGAUAUCUUAAAUUCAAAUCAACUGCACCAAUGGAAGAAAUUCAAAUUGCUGUCUCAACACCUGAAGGCGUACGUUGCUCCCUCGACACAAUGACGUACAAUGAUGUCGCAGCCAACACCGACGAAAAGUUACUAAUGCAGUUUUAUUUGGCAGAAAAUUUGCAUAUUGAAACGUCCAAAAUUGAGGUCCUGGUAUCGUUCAUAAAUAAACAGGGUAUACCACGGGUGUUGACGAAAACGGGAUACCUGCCAUUGGCGAUGCUGUUCAUGAGUUCGCCUCCACAGAAGGUAGCUUCAUUGAAAGUCACACUGAACAUCAAUUCCAAGUCGAUUGCACCGAAAUUGUCAAGUUUCUUUCCGGAAUUUUGCAGCAGCGAUAAUGAUGUCCAGGCUCUCGGAUUAACUCUGCUGCAGAAGUCAUCUCCAUCUGAUGACAAUGCGAUUGUAACAAUUGUCACCGCAAAGAAUUCCAACAGGAUUCGGAUACAGUCGGAUAGUUUGGAGACACUACCAUUGGUCCUGGAACGAAUUGUAAAUAGAAUCAACGAAGUGGAAGCGAAGAGGCAGGACCCAAUCACUCGGAAAGAACGUAAAGCCAAAAAGACACUUCGUUCUGGCGGUGGGGAUGAUGACGAUGGCGUGGAUACAAACAAGAUAGUUGUUGCAAGUCCCAGUAUCCCGUUUGCGGAGAUUCUAAGUCGACUCGAUGCUCAUCACUCUAUUCAAGAGGACAUUCGCAAACAGAUGGCUCUAAUGGAUGCACUCUGGAUUCAAUUUAAAUUAUUUCAACGUUCGCUUCAAUCGAAGUCUGAGGGUGAUCCAACAGACGGUUUAGUAAUGCUGAUUGAGAAAAACUAUGACGACUUGAUUAUAGAAGGUGAUAAGCUGGUCGAGUUAAGAGGUUCUGAAAAAGGUCAUCGGAGCAGACUUUCGUGUGCCCUUGCUGUUGCAAAAAUUAUAAUAUCUUGUUUAGCAAUUGGAACUAAAAUUUCUAAUUUAGUAACUUCUAUUUUAACAACUCCUGUUGAAAACUGGACAGAAUUAAGUUGGGAACUAGCAGCAGCACCUGGAAUUGAUAUGCUUCAUCAUUAUGGUCCAUUAAGUCGAUCGAAAUCAUCCGGAAAUAAAAUAACUAAUUCAGAUUUUUCACAUGAACAAUUUGAAUAUGAUCGUUUUCGACGGCAUUUUUCAACACUUCUCGAUCGUGUAUGUCGUUUGGCAUCAAAUUCUGAUAAAAAUAAAUCAAAAGAAAAAGAUAAAGAGAAUCCAAAAGAAUUUGAACUUGAAAAUAAGAGUAUUAACCAGGAGAUAUCAUCUAAGAAUAAGCUUGUCAAACAGCAAACAUUAGAAGCACUACAAGAUGAUGAAGAAGAAGACGAUGUUGAUGGGUCCGAUUUGAAUAAACGACCAGAAAGUGAUUGGCUUAAUAAGGAUGGUAGUGAAAGUAGCAAUAUUUUAGCCAAUAUCUUAUUAAAAAAUAAUGCUUAAAUAAAAUUGGAAAAAUUGUUAUUUCACA